AUGUCUGAGUCUGGCUGCCGGGGCCUGGACCUGCCUGGGCAGCCCCAAGGAGAUGGGGGGCACCCACUGGGUGGGGGCAGGGCUGGCACUGAUGGUGCCAUGUCCCCACAGGACCCGUCGUUAUACACGGUGAAGGCCAUCCUCAUCCUGGACAAUGACGGCGACCGGCUCUUUGCCAAGUACUACGAUGACACCUACCCCAGCGUCAAGGAGCAGAAGGCCUUUGAGAAGAACAUCUUCAACAAGACCCACCGGACAGACAGUACGGCCUGUGCCAGGCUGACGCCGGUGCCCCCUCGCCCCCAGUACUACGAUGACACCUACCCCAGCGUCAAGGAGCAGAAGGCCUUUGAGAAGAACAUCUUCAACAAGACCCACCGGACAGACAGUACGCCUGGAAGUAGCAGGGUCCUGUUGAUGCCAGGGCCAGUGCCCGCGCUCCUGGGGCAGCUGGGUUGGGGGCUCCUGAAACCUGACAGGGACCAUCUGGGGCAGGUGAGAGGGCCAGGGCAGGCUGCCAAGGGGCCUGCGGUGCCCCCCUCCCUGCCCCGCCCCUCUGAGCACCUGUGGGUCCCCAGGAAGAACGUGGAGAAGCGGGCGCUGCUGGAGAACAUGGAGGGGCUCUUCCUGGCUGUAGACGAGAUCGUGGAUGGAGGGGUCAUCCUGGAGAGCGACCCCCAGCAGGUGGUUCAUCGUGUGGCUGUGCGGGGCGACGACGUGCCCCUCACGGAGCAGACAGUCUCUCAGGUGCUACAGUCCGCGAAGGAGCAGAUCAAGUGGUCCCUGCUGCGAUAGGGGGGGCCUGGUGCCCCCUGUGCCCAUCUACUGUGUUCCCUGCCCCCCCCGCACUGAUCACACCAACAUGCCGCCUCGCUCCAA